UUGAAAACUUUUAUUGAAAAUGUUUUUAUAGCUUUUUGGUCUGACUAUACGGAAUUUUUGUUGUGUCGACAAUACGAAAAUAAAAUGAAAGCAAUAUCACAACAAGAGUGUUUACAGAAAUCUCAAGCCAACGGUUUUUUAACCUGUAAGUCCUGUGAAUAUCAUUUCAAAUUAUGUUUUGUCUUUGAAUAAAUCAUUGGUGUUGUGAAGUUAAGUUUUGGAAGUUUUGGUAUAACUGCAAUUAAGAGAAUAGUAGCACGUGGUAAGUGCAAAGGUCAUUAUGCCAUAUAAGGUUAACGGAAACACACACAUAUGGGCGUAGUAGGUACUGCAGCAAGAAUUGUAGUCAGUUACGAGAAGGAGCUCCAGUAGAAAGGAUAUAUAUUAGAGACAGCCACUCCCUGGCGUAGGCCAGUGGAGUGGUAAGGAGUAACUCACGCGGAUUUGUCAAGUAAUCAUCAACCGGUUAGUCAUAAUUAGGCCUUAUAUAAAUAUUGCAUAUAAAUAUAAAACGUCAUCAUGGUGUCUUCACCAUCUCUGCCCUGAGAAUCCAGAAAGAUACAUAAAAUCUUUACAACAAUUGGCCUUUAAUUAAAAAUAUACUAUUAUUGUUAUGGGAAAACAGCUAAUAAUGCAUGAUAGAUACAAAUUACACACAUGUAGCUCUGAUACCCCCUAUUAGCAUUUGUGUUAGUUCAAAACCAUGCUCAUUCAAUGCAUUAACUUGAAUAUGUAAAGAGCUGUUGGAAGAAUAUUUAACUAUGGUGCACUACCAGAGAGAUACUUGAAAUGAGAUGCGACAUGCUUCAAAUGGGUGCUUAGAAAUUCUUAAAAAUGUGCAAAUGUUGUUAAAAUGUAAUAAUUUGAAAUAACGAAGGACAACUAUAAGAUAGAUUUCGUAGCUAGUUAUAGUUGCUGCAAACUUCAGCCUGCUGUAAAUUUUCUUUUCAAUUUUUACUUGGACUGUUUCGCAAAGUUCAUAUCUCUAACAUUUAACAAACUUUUUUCAUAUUUUUUACAGCUCGUUAGAAUUCCUGUUCCUUCCGAUUUCACAAAUUUUUCAAGCAAGUUAUUAUAGCUAACAUUCGAAAAGGAACCAGACACUGUACUCUUUGAUCUAUAUAUUUAGCAAUUGUAGCUUUGGUCUCAGCUAAGUGUUUAAGACAGUCAAACUGUCUAAUUCCUGUCUAAUUACUAUGUUUCUUGCGAAAUUUGUAAAGAUGUUGCAACAAAACAAGUAGAUUCAGUGAUAGAUAAUUCGUGAAUUUUGACAGCUCAAAACUCUCAUAUUUAAACGGAAUAGCAUGUAUAUCGAAUAUAUUUUUGCCCAAAUGGCUGUUGUUGGAGAAAGUUAAAAAAGGCCUCAAAUUAUCAAUAAUUCAGAUCAAAAUUUGAAUUUCAAUCUUCAUUUUUGAACAGAGUCAAUUUUAUUAAUUGAUAAAUCGUAGAUAUUAUCGAUUUUAAUAUCAAACUGAAAUGACUUCCUAAAAUUUUUUCGGCUUAAAGGCCUUAAAGAAAUGAUUUAAAUAGAAGGUUCAAUAUAUUUCCAAGUGGUUUUUGUUAACUGGAUUGAUUCUGGAAGGAUAUAGGAGAGUGUAGUUAAGUAACACAUGCAUUGUCAAUAAAUACAGAAGUUUUUUGUCCUUCUUAAUGACAACAGCUGAUAAGCAUUUAAGACAUAAUUAUUCGUAAGUCCUUUUUCAUUGUCAUUCGAUCAGAAUGUCAUAUCUCUUUAUGUUUUGUUUUUCAUCGGCCUAAAUCUUUUCACAGUCUUUCUUCCGACCUACCAUGGGUUAUUGUUCGAAAAUGAAUAAGGGGCGUUUCUAUAGAUGCGAUACAGCGAUAAAAUUUUAUUGCUUUUUAUGCAAUUCUUCGUCUGCCUCAUUUUUUGUUUCUAUGAAAAUAUGUCUCGUGUUAAUGUUGCCAAAGUUUUGAUGCGUGGUGGCUGUUUUGUCAUUGUUUUGUCACAUGAAAAUCUGGUGGUUAGGGAGAGAGAACGGAAAUGCGAAUCCAACAGCCAACCAGACUUAGAAAGCUCACUCUAUGAAUGCUAAGCCUGCAUGCAUUGAAUUCCUUAUGCAAAGAAUCUGUAACAGAAUUAACUAUCGCUAAUGUAAGAAAUCUAGAAAUCACAUUUCACUUCUCUCGAUUGAAGCCCCUUCCUAAAUCCAUCAUGUUCUACGCUGUUUUCAUCGCCUGUUCUACAUGCACAAACACCUUCAAUGAUAAUAAUUCUGAUUAUGGCUUUGAAAAAAAGCAAACAUUUACAAUAUAUUGGCUAAAAGCUUUUUCGUUUUUUUCCUCAGAGCAUAAAACGUCAGAAUAAGGGUCCGAAAGAACACGAUGAAAAAUAUAUACCCAGUUGUGGAUCGAAAUAGGCCAAUCAGAAAAACGCAAGCACAAAACCGGUAUGACCCGAAGAAAAGCUGUUAAAAAUCGCAAAGCUUUUUGCCACCUGAAUGUUGAAUCACAGGCCCAUUGCAACAUCUGACUACUAAACAUCACACCAUAUUGUUAUACUGACGCUGCUCAUGAUCAGCCUGAUAAAAUCCACUCAAUUUAUAUUCAAAUCUUUGAAAUUCCCCCGUUUCAACAGUCUCAUCCUAUACGAUACAGCACAAACAUACGAAUGUCAUUUUUUUCAAGUGUAAUCAAUGUGAAGUCUUAAAAGUUUGCUUUAUUUUACACAUUUGAAAAUCAAUUCUAUAAAGAAUAAGCUUUUAUGGACUCGCAGUAAGAUGCAUGAUUUUAAGAGAAAAUCGACAACCUGAAAACAUUUUAGAGCCAUUUCAAGGCUUAAAGAGAACAGUCCAAACACUACCCCAUAUGUUGCAUAGUAAUAAAAGCUAUACAAAUUAAAAUUAGUAAAAGCUAAAAAAUAGUCAAAUAAAGCUCUUUAGUCUAAAAGACAAUCAUUUAAAUGUUGAUUUCAAUGUGGCCAGCCCAAAUGAACUGUUUGCUUUGAAUAGCUGGUUUAUUUUAAUAAAUGAUGCGAGUGUCAGAUAGACACAGAAUAAACAAAGCGUAUGGUGGCAGGUGAAUUCGCAGUGUUCUUUGGGGAUCUGCACACUUGGCUAAAGAUCUGUUGACAAUACACCAUAGCUACAUGAACAUCAUGGCUUGCCAGGGCGACAGAGCAGAUUCUGGUAGCUAGAAAAAAACAUACAUCUGGAUGUUUUCCUCUGUAAUUACAGGUUAACUUGGACCUUCUAGAAGCGGCGUAAAGCGGUAUUCAAAAAUAAGCUGAACAAUAUAGCUGGUAGGGUUCAUAAAUAAUUGAACAAUGAGGAAGCUGUUACGUAGGAAAAAGCGUGCUUCUAAGGAGCAGCCUUCAAUGCCUAGGUGGUGCACGGGCGAGCUGCACCUUGAUACAGCUUUUAAGGAACGAACGUUUGCGGACAUGGAAAGAAUAGGGGAAGCCAAUAAUAACAACAGUUGCUUAGAAGAAGUAAUUGUUGUAAGCGGAAGGCAUUCGGGAAAAUCUACAAGCAUCAGCGCCCUUCAAGAGCAAGUUGAUAACGAAUCAAGGCAGAAUCAGAGUCAAUACAGCACACAGAUUAAUAAUUUCUUCAGCUACUUUGCGAGCGGACCGCUGAGUACCGAAGAAAUAGCCGAGGCGCGGAAUAUGCCAAAGGAAAAUGCAUUCAAAUUCAGAGAAACGUCAUUCAUGGGCGGGGAAGAGGAUGGCAAGCAGCGGAUAGUUGCAGUGACAGCAAAAAAAAUUGAACUUAAACCAGUUUGUAAUACGAUGCCUACAACAGCUGAGGAGACAAGGACGCUUGAGGCAAAUUAUCAAUGUACACAGAAGGCGUUACAAAGUCAUACACAAAGUAAGAAAGAAUUUGUUAAAGAAAUCGCGGAAAAGAACCAGUUUUAUCAUUGGAGAAGGACUCCUGGGCCCGAAAAUCAUUAUGCAGGUGAUAUCUUUGAUCAACAAAGGCUUUGGAGCCGAGACCAAAGCUCAACAACUCAAUCGCAUACACAGGUAAUUAGUGGACAAAUAUCUCGAGCAAUCUCUCUACCGCAAGUGGGGCUAUUUGGCGGUAGCAAUAGUGCGUAUCAUUAUUUUGAAGACACUGAAACUCAAAACAAAUCAUCAGAAACUGGGGAUACAGAUUCCCUGGCUGAAUCUAUCACUAGUUCCGUCAUGGGCAACAAUGACGUAAGACAAGGAAUAGAAAACAACUGCUACGCAAUAGAUAUUUAUGAUCAACCCAAGAUGAACUGGCUUUCAAAGAGUGACCCAUUAUUGAACCAAACAAACGAUACUGAAAAUGCCUUCAAUCACCCAGGAAGUCCACACGCAGAAAUGUUACAGCGUCGUGAAACAUCCCUUCGCUUGGUCAGUGACAGAUGGCAUCUUGUUGAAGAGGGACACAAGAACAGAGUCAAUAAUGCUUUUGUAAAUGAAAGUUAUGAAAAAGGAACAGAUGAUGACAGCUCUUAUGGUAAAAAAACUUUAGGAGAGGAGCAAGAAACUCCAGCUAUCGAAUCGGGCACGAAAACAACGACAUUGGAAGGAAGUGCUAAUGCAGAGUCUAUAAACAUAGAAAACAGAAGGAAAGAUUUGAGGGAAUCACAGCAUGGCAAAGAUAUUGACAUCGGUUGUCGAAAGGAGGCAGUAAGGCUGGAUGAAGGUGUUUGUGUCGAUUCAGCAGUUGUUAAACAUUGGAACGCGGUAACAAGUGAAUUUCGCAAGGAAGGGAAUUCAGGACAGGAUAGUAAACGCAAAUUGCAUCCAGCGCAGCAAGAUUUUGGCAAUAAAAAUGAAACGCUAGCUUCCAAUGCAGAAUGUCAAGGUAUCAAGUACAGCAUGCCUAAUGAUGACGAAGUUUUAUCGAAGAAGUCGCAAAGGUCAAUAAGACCACCAGUUUGCUGUGAAACAAAAGAGAGCACCUGUAAAUGUGAUCAGGGACAUCAAAAUACCGUGCUUGAUUACGAGAGCGGCAGGCAAAAUGCAGCAAUGGAAAAAUGCACAAUAAAAAGUCAUCGAUGUGAAAGCAUUGAAGAAACAUCUCUCAUAAAAAAGAUUGAAGUUGAACAUACAGUACAGAUACAUAAGUUUCUUAAAGGGGACGACGGACAAGAACGGCGAGUUUUUAGUAAGACUACACAAUUAAAGGAAAGAAUUGUGAAGAGUAACCAACAAGAGGAAGAAUGGCAACUGAUUCCCUUUGCUGUGCCAAGUGACAGGAAAGAUGUUGCAAGCUUUACGAAUGAGGAAAAGAACGGUGUAACGAAUUCUGGCCCCGAGAAGGAGAACGAAACUGUUACAACGUCUUUUAUAACUGAAAGGCCUUCGACACAGCCUCGAAACAGCGAAACAAGAAUUAACGUCUAUGAAAUAGAACUAAACAUGGCAAAAGUUGUACCUAAGAAUUACGAUGUUGAAGCAGCAAUGGAGCCAGAAGGAAAGGGUGAAGAUCAACUUGUCACGAGAACGUCAUCCAGAAUGGAUCGACUUUCGCGAUUGCUUGGCGCAAUAGGGAAAAGUAAGGAUGAAGUGAAACCACCUUCGGGUGAGCGAACAAAGCAGAGAAGGAGAACAAAAAGGGCCAAAAAACGAGAAAACCUUGAAAAUAUUGAAAAGCAGAAGAACGAUGAGAAAAUAAAAAAAGAAGAACAGGAAGCUAAUAUCAAAGUUACAAUAAAUGAUAAAAAAGAUAUUGUUGAGGAGCCUUUGGAUGCAAAAUUCAUAAUGGAAGGCGUGAAAGACGAAGAAGAAAAACGGAAAAAAGAAGGAAUACGAUCGAAGAGCGAGUUGGAUAAUGCAAAAAGGACUAUUGACGAAUUACUGAAGGAAACAAAUUUAACAAAAAGACAGAAAUAUUCUUUAAUGUUGAUGGUGUGUGCGCUUGAUGCCGAUAUGCCACCGCAGUUUUUCGAAGUGAUCGGCAAAUCAUCAACCUUUUCGACGAUACUUAGAGAAUUGGUUGAAACGAAAAAGGAUCUGUUAAUGUUUAAUAUGUACAAAGAUUGUGAUGAAUUAGAUCAGGUUUAGAUAGAUGUUAUAGGGUUUGAAUUGUAUUAAAACUCAUUAGUUAAAAUUUAUUAGUUAGAUCUGAUAUCAAAACUAGAUUUCAAAACAAAGGUUUGGUUGAAUUUGAUUGCAAAAACAGAACUAACAAACGUCUGUUGGCUGGUUGGGUUAAUUUUCACAACAUCACUUUCUUAAAAGCAUUGAAUUUAAAGUUUAAGCUUUGAUAAACUGUUUAGUGAUAAAACAAGAUUUUAUUGAUAUCGUGUGAAUAUAUUAAAUGUGGUUUUAACGUAGUAACUAGAGGGGAAUAGCCCUUCAAGGACCAGGGAAAUUCAUUGCUUGUUCACCAAACGUUUAUUUUCCCUUUUUAACAAUAGAUAGCUUAAUGCCUCCCUCAAGGAAAAAGGCCUCCCCAAGUUAAAAUCCUAUACAAUAGGUAAUUAUUAAAUAGGUCACUGGGCUCAUCAAAAAUAAGAUUCUAGAUAACGUAGCAUGUCUAUGAUUUUCACAAAUCAGAGGUAGGCCGUUGUCAAAACAACACAAGCAACCUUGCAAAGCUCUUUUAAAAGCGAAGAAAAAAUUACUUUAUUUCUGUGAAAAGCUAACUAGAAAAGCUACCGACUGCAUCUUAGUUUUACGAUUAAUUAUAAACAUCCUUGGCCGAAUUGUGCAAUAGAAAUAUACGUUCUUUUAGGUUAUUAAUUGAAAUUAAUCCAGGCAAAGCCUAUCUGAUAAUUGAAUUCCCCGAGAGUUGUCUAUCAGAAACAUGCUGGUCACAAUACUGGUAAUAUAAAUAGAAAGAUUAGUCCCUAUGGUUAUAUCCCUUGUAAAAAUAGAACAGGCAGCUGUGAAAAUCAGAAGUAAGACGACGAUUUUAGUAAGAAUCGAAUUUAUUAUAAUUAAAGUUAGCAGAAGCCAUUAUGUUUAUACACGUCCUACUUGCAUCCUUCAAACUGCUGCUGAAUAUGAACAAGGAACCACAAAAAACGUUUUCAUCGAUGAAAUACCAUAAUUGGAUUACUUAUCUCUGUAAAAAGUAGUCGUUUCUGCGAAAAUUAACCGUUUGCAAAGAAAAUUUAUCAUCAUUCAGUUAUGCUCAUGAGAUCGUUGCACCAACUAGAGUUGCAAUAUGGGGUGUUGUGUGGGAGCAUAUUUCUCCAAAAAUUGAAAUUACGCUCAGUCGGCAGACCGAAUCCUGAGCGUUUAUCUGCAUGCUUCUAUUUGAAUCCUACAAUGCAUGACAAAAUAACUUAGAACACUUCGCUAUGUGCAUAAUAUUUUCGUGUUUUCAAUUCUUUUUAAAAUAUUACUGUUUUCAACUGUCCCCAAAAUAUUUUUGGUUACGGAAACUAUCGCAAAAGCCGCACGAAAAAUUUUUCUUUCUUAAAAUGAUCCCUGAAAGAGAGUUGGACUGGGUUGGCUGAACUCGCCUUUGAAAAUUGACGUUAGCGUUCCAAAACCUUUGGCAGGGAUGCAGCAACAUAGCUGUACAAACAUCCUAUUAUCUAAUUAUGAUCAUUAUGAACGUUGGUUUCAAGGUAUGUAAAGAACAGUUAAGUGCGUGUAUAGUUCGAUCAAUGACGUAUCACAGAGAGAGAGACCAUACCGUCGGAUGAGAAAGGUUUUAGGUUUAUUUACAUACUUAGAUAUAUUGUGAUAUCAAUGUAUCAUUCCUGAUGAUAUCAAUAGUUGUGGAUGAAUUCAUAAUUAUAUUCGUCAUUGAUUUUUUCCCAGUCGUUAUUUUCUUCUCUGUAACUGUAAUAAUCUGCGUUUGCCGAAAAUAGGGGGGUUGUGGUUGUGGCUCCAAGUGUUUCGAUACAGUUGGCAACCUUUCAGUUGGCUCGUGGCGGGGUGAAUGCGUACCUCAAUCAACAACUCCGAAUUCGCGGAAUCCGUUUCCUGACAGUAUUCUUGGGUAGUUACAUUAAGGGUUUCUGUACUAUUUUACAAAAAAGCGAUUGUCUGAUUCCGCUUACACCCGGGAAGCAGUGUCCUAAAUGGAGCAAGCAAAUGUUUAAACAUGGCCGAGGAAGCAACCGUCAAACAAUGGUUUGGAUUUUCACUGAUAUAAGCCCAGAAAGACAUUACUCCACAAAACACUCUUUUUCUAUUCCACACAUGGUAUCAUUUUAAAAUAUCAGCUGGUAGCUCAAAGCGCUUCAGUAAACCUUUCCGCCAGGCAUCAGGACCUCCUGGACAUGACCAAAUCAUUUGAUGCAGACGAGGUGGACCCGUAAUUUAACAAAUCAAUGAUUUUCAACCUGAAUUCAUAAACUUCUUACUCUUUGCAUCAACUGCGUGUAUGUUUUUUAUGUACAUAUAAUUUCGUAUACAAAUAUGCGGUACGAAAGUCCAAAAUAAGCAAUUUUGAUGAUAUUUUCCAGUCUAAUGACAAACUCUAUUAAUUUGGUCACAUUGCUAUCAUGUAUCAUGAAAAGCAAAGAAAGACAAAGGUAAUAUCUUGUAAAAUUUCAAAUUAAGCAAGCAACAAAAUUAUAAUGGGAUGAAAAGUAUGAAAACCUUUUAUUGGAUUGUCAUCGACAAUUAAACCAGGCUACGGAAUAUUUGAUCAGCUGAAAAAUCAAAUGAGCACCUGCAUAUGAAUUUCAAAGUCUCAUAUCACUCCAUUAUUUAUAGGGGCUGUUUUCAUUUUUUGCAAUUUCAACUCUUUUCUCGUCUGCAUAAUCAUUUUCUAGACUGUCACUACUUUUUGUUACUGCUUUGUCACUGCUACUGCUUUGUCACUGCUACUGCCUGACUUUACAGUUUUCACUUUAAUUCGCAUCAUUUUCAUGACUUGAAUAUCAGUACACCGUUUAGCUUGACACCUUUCAUCCCCAUUACGGAACUUUCCUCGUUGCUACGGAACUUUCCUUGUUGCUAAGGAAGUUUUCUCGUUGCUACGGUAGGUUCCUGUUACAGCUUUACAGAGAAAUUACUAAGCCUUGAUAAUUUUGAUUGGGCAACACAAAUAAAAUUGUCAAUAUUGGAUUUUUGGAACUUGUUUUUCCUGCAAAAAACGCAUAAUGCAUUGGCCAAUGACAGCGCAGUUUAAGGACGGUGGAUGCUGGCAAUGACCGAAAUGCAUUGUAAGAGCUAACAAAUUCAGAGUAUGUCCACAAAAUCCUUCUAAUUUUGUGCCAAAUAGCUCGUUCAAUUAGCAGGGGAUUUUUUGUAAUUAGGAUUGUGGUUUUGAGUCAACAAAGCAGUUGUUUAAGUAAAUACAUUAGAUAAAUCAAGGUACUACAGGCCUUGUCAAAAUUUUGCCUAUGAAUAGACUCUAAAUUGUUACACUUUUGGUAGCAAUUCUUACCAUCAUAUUUAUGUUAGCAGUA